AUGAGGCUCAUGGGACAUCUUGGCAAAGCAAAGCUAAGAGGAUUGCACUUUGCUCCAACUGGAAGAAAAAGAAGAGGUGGCCCUGGAGGACUAAACAAACUAUGUGGUGUUUCUCCUGAACUACAAACCAUCGUAGGGCAACCGACUCUGCCAAGGACUGAGAUCGUGAAGCAGUUGUGGGCUUACAUAAGGAAAAACAACCUCCAAGAUCCUAAUAACAAAAGAAAGAUUAUUUGCAACGAGGAGCUCCGAUUAGUUUUCGAAACUGAUUGUACUGACAUGUUCAAGAUGAAUAAAUUGCUAGCUAAACAUAUAAUCCCUCUCGAGCCUACAAAGCAGAAUGUUCAAAAUUCUAAGAAACCUAAAGUCGAUGUUGAAUCUGGGAACCAAAAUGAUGACCCCGUCCCAAUUGUGAUAAUAUCUGAAGCCCUUGCGAAUUUCUUUGGAAGCGACGAACGGGAAAUGUCACAAGCAGAGGUAUUAAGGCAGAUCUGGGAAUACAUAAAGGUCCACCAGCUCGAGGAUCCUCUAAACUCAAUGACCAUUAUAUGUGAUGCUAAAUUACAAGAGCUUCUUGGGUGUGAAAACACUUCAGCAUUGGGGAUACCAGAGAUGUUGGCACACCGUCAUUUGUUCAAGAAAUCACGACAGAUGAUCAACAUUGACUGUGUGAUGUUAUCUCAAAUGAAGGAGACAAAGCCAUUGAGAAUGAUGGAACUUGAGGAAAACGCAGGAGACAGAGUCAUUGAGAAUGAUGGAACUUGA